CCAUGAGGACGGCCAGGAAGGGCAGCGUGGAGAUGCCUGCGUUCGUGAGGCAGCUGGUGAAAGAAACGGAAAAGAGGGUCAGCUCUUUCUUCAAGGGGGGCCGUGGAGGAGCAGCAGAGGGGGAGCAGCCAGGGAAGGGGGAGAAGGAGGAGGUCAUCCCCAGCCCCUACCUGGACCGGCCAGUCCUGGACAAGCUGAUGGAGGAAGGCUGCGCUCGAUGGGGCCUCACCUACGCCCUGGGAAGCAUGCAGGGCUGGAGGGCCAACAUGGAGGACUUCCACAACUGUGUGCCACAGCUCGGGGGAGAACUGGCCGACUGGAGCUUCUUCGCUGUGUUCGAUGGUCACGCUGGCAGCAUGGUGGCUCAGUACUGCUCCCAGCACCUCCUGGGUCACAUCCUGGCCACAGGUGGAAUGGGACCAGAGGAUGACCCAGAAAAAGUGAAAGGAGCCAUCAUAGAGGGCUUUCUGCAAACAGACAAACACCUGCACUCCGUGGCCCGUCGAGAAGGCUGGGAGAGGGGUGGUACCACCGUGGUGGCCACUCUCAUCUCGCCGUAUUACAUCUACUUCACCAACUGUGGUGACUCCAGGGCCAUGCUGUGCCGGUCGGGACAGGUUUGCUUCUCCACUGAGGACCACAAACCCUACAGCCCUCUGGAGAAGGAGCGCAUUGAGAGCGCAGGUGGCUCCGUGUCCUUCCAACGGAUCAACGGCUCCCUGGCAGUGUCCCGGGCCCUCGGGGACUUCAGCUACAAGGGGGCAGAGAACCGGACGCCCAGCCAGCAGAUGGUGUCACCGGAGCCAGAGGUGUGCGUGGUGGAGCGCUCGCCAGCAGACGAGUUCCUGGUGCUAGCCUGCGACGGUGUUUGGGACACCAUCAGCAACGAGGAGCUGUGCGCCUUCAUCCACAACCGGUUGCGUGUCUGCACUGACCUGAGGGACGUCUGCUCACAAGUCAUUGACCUCUGUCUCUAUAAGGGCAGCUUAGACAACAUCAGCAUCAUCCUGCUGUGUUUCCCCGGAGCCCCCCAGCUGUCGGCAGAGGCACUGCACCAGGAGGCCGAGCUGGAGGACCUCUUGGAGUCCAAAGUGGCAGAGAUUUACAAUGAGCUGUGUGCCCGGGGGGAAGAGCCUGACCUGCUGUCCGUCCUCACAGUCCUCGCGUCCACUGCCAUCCCUGGGUUACCACCAGGUGGAGGCAUACAGAGCAAAAGAAAUUGCAUCAUUUCUGCUUACUACCAACAAAGAGAGACACACAAACCUACGGUACCAAAUGGCCUGGGAGGCUCUUGAGAAGCUGGAUUUUCUCUCCAAGGAUCCACAGAGGGACUGUAAUUAAUGUGAAUAUUAAUUCUGUUGUCUUCAUGUGUGCAAUCUGACAAAAAAAAGGGGGUGGGGGGUGGGGGGGGGGAGAGAUGAUGAACAGACAGUGGUGUUUGUUUACAUCAUGCUAGCAAGCAGCAUCUUGUCAUAAUAAAUACAAUGCAAAAAUAGAUCUAAUAAAGCCUGAUACUUUAUAUUUAUACAAGAAGGAUAUUUUGUUAAACUUUACUCAGAGACAUUGACCCAGCAACAAACCUCUGCCUCUUAUUCAGUGAACAUAAAGUACAGAUGAUAAAUUCAAAUGACAGCCUGUAAAACUGAACAAACUGUGAAACUGUACAUUUUCAAUGCAUAAAACAAGGUAGUACAUGUAGGGUUGUAUUUUAAAGUCAAUGUUUUAAGAGUAGAUGUAUUAAAAGAAUUUCUAGAAGAAUUUAUGUUUGCCUUUCAUCUCCAGGGAGGAAAAAUGUGUUGAUGUUAGCCAAAAGCUAGCAUCCAGCUAAUAUAUGCAGUCGUUUCAAUGAGAACAGUGCUAACAGUUUUGCAGCUCAUGGAAAUGCACAAAUGUCUUUCCCACAUUGCUGGAAGUGGCAGGCAAAAAAAACAGAGAUUAAAUAUUCAGUUCUACACAGAUCAAGAAAAAAUACAUUUCACGAUCUAGUACAAUUAAAUUCUUUCUGAAAGCUGUUUGCUUUAAGAUUUUUUAAACAUGUACACUCACUUAGCUGGACUAAUGUUUGACUGUGACAAAAAAUUGAAGUAAGUAUCCAAAAAUUGGCUGAAAGCCAGUAAUUCCUAAUUAAAUUUUACACAAAUAAGUUCUACAUGUCCACAUUUCUUAAUUAUUUCUAUAUAUUUAACAUAUUUCUGAACACAUUCGUAAAUAAAGUGCAUGUGAAAUGUAGUUUUUCCAUCAAUUGGAUUUGUACUGUGCUGCCUUAUUCAUGUUUUGUACAGCUGACAAAGCAAACAGCAUCAGAACGGGUCAGUUUGUUGAUGGAUUAUUUUAUCUGUAUCAUACUGCAUUGUUACAUUAUUUCAGUUAGUCAUUUUCUGUGUAUAGACAUUACAUGAUAAGAUUGUUUUAAACCUAAAUAAAGAACAUUUGACUGAC